AUCCCAAAGGGCAUCCUCAGGCUCAUCUCUCUCCUCCCCAUCUUCUACCUCUUCAUCAUCCUCCCCUUCAACCUCCAUUCCUUCCACCUUGGUGGUCCCACCACCUUCUUCCUGGUUUGGUUUGGCAUGUUCAAGCUCCUCCUCUUCUCCUUUGACCUUGGCCCUCUCUGUGCACCCCCACUAACUCUCUUCCAGUUCAUCUCCAUAGCUAUCCUCCCCAUCAAAAUCAUACAAAACCCCACAAACUCUGAGAACCCAAAUUACCCAGUUGGUAAAACUGUUACAAACAUGCCUAAAAAGUCGGUUUUGUUUGCUGUAAAAGCCUUGCUUUUGGCUUUGGUCGUUAGGUCAUACGACUACAGGCAGCAUUUACACCUGUAUGUUAUACUGGCCUUGUACUUCUGCCACAUGUACUUAGGGCUAGAAAUUGUAAUGCCCCUGUGUGCGACCCCUGCUCGAGCUCUUUUCAGGUUUGAUCUCGAGCCGCAGUCCAACGAGCCUUACCUUUCCACUUCCCUUCAAGACUUUUGGGGCCGUAGAUGGAACCUCAUGGUCACAAAUAUUCUACGGCCUACCACCUACGAUCCAGUGCUCCGUAUUUCUAAGCGUGUGGUCGGGCCUCGGUAGGCCCGAUUUCUCGCUCUGAUGUCUACUUUUGCAGUCUCAGGUCUAAUGCACGAGGUGAUUUAUUAUUAUCUCACACGUGUAUCUCCUACAUGGGAAGUGACGUGGUUCUUUGUGCUACAUGGAUUGUGCGUAGCAAUCGAGGUGGAGGUGAAGAAGGCGGUGGCCGAGAGAUGGCGGUUGCACCCGUUGGUUUCGGGGCCGUUGACGUUGGGGUUCUUGGAUGGGACAGCCAAUUGGCUGUUCUUCCCUCAGUUGCUGAGAAAUGGCGUGGAUGUCAAGGCUAUAGAUGAGUAUCCAGUUAUGGUAGAUUUUGUCAAGGCACACAUGCCCUUACUGUCAUGAAAAAGCCCUAUCGCUCCAAUUUGUGUGUUUUCUUAUGAAACGUAUCAUCAUACA